GUAUGCUGAAAAAGGUUUGCGUAUUCUAGCUUUCCCAUGCAACCAGUUUGGUGGGCAAGAGCCAGAAGAUGAAGCCACGAUCAAGGAGUUUGUAAAAGGAUUUGGUGUUGGUUUUGACAUGUUCAGUAAAAUUGAUGUCAAUGGAAACAACACACAUCCACUUUAUGUUUUCCUCAAGAAAGCUAAAGGUGGCUUUUUGGGAGACAGAAUCAAAUGGAACUUUACCAAAUUUCUGUGUGAUAAGAAUGGAGUUCCUUACAAACGCUAUGCACCCACAACAUCUCCAAAGAGUCUCGAAAAGGAUAUUGAAGCAUUGUUGGAGAGUUCAUCUCUCUAA